AAAUGAUGUUUUUUUCCAACUGUCGUUUCAGAGGCAAGAAUGUUGCCACAGCGUGAACACAACACUGUUCUGCAAAUUACUUUUGCUGUCAUCCGCUACGAGUCAAUCAAGUGCUGUUUUGAUAACUUUUAUAGGUUUACAUAAAUAGCCUAUAAGACGUUUCUGAAUAAAACCUCUGCCGUGCCAGACGGAAAAUAAAAAAUCGUGGAAUAAUUUUCGGAAUGAUUCCAGCAUUUUAAAGCAUUUCCCCCCCAAACAUCCUGAUGAACAAUGAGCUCAAAUCGCUCCUGCAGUCACUCUCCGUCGGCGCGUCUGCCUGAUGCGCAGCGCCUCCCCAACUGGUCCCUCACUUUGACAAAUUCCUGGACGUGAGCGGGUCUGCUGAGUGGCUUCUUGCUCGUAAAGAUGCUGCCCUGAAUGUUUUAGAAGUUGGCACAUUUUUUUUCUCAUCUUGGCUGUCAGACUAUCAGUUUGGAAGAACACAAUGGGACUGUGGUCAUUUUGGAGGUUUUCCCUUUUGGCUUUCGUGUUGCUGUACCCCUUCCACCCCAAGUUUGUGGCUCAAGCGGAAAUAAGUUCUCCCAGAGCAAACGACAGAUUUUAUCGCCUGGAGGUUACGCCACUGGAGGCACGAGUAGCCCGAAAAUCAACGGAGAUCGAAAUCGACAAUGGUACAAAAGUUUUACGCUCUUUUGACUCGGGAGCAGCCGGUGCUUUGAACCCGAACAAUGGCAAGCAGGUGGGGAGUGAAACACAGAGUGGACUUGGAAACGAGGCACUGAUCGACACCAAAAUGGAACCAAACUGUCUCCAAAUACCUGGUAAAAAGUGUGGUAACAUUUCCAAGGACAACCAAAGGCGAACUCCAGCAGAUAUGAUGUUAGAAAACACGUUUCCUGACACAAGAAAGAAGGUAAAAAGGAGUGUGGGCGCAGAAUACGCUGAAAAUGUGGAUAGGAGUAUAAGUGAAGGAUCCCAGUCAAGAGAGAGGUUUGUGGAGACUGCCCAGGGUGUUUCCAACUCCAGACCCGAGUACCGUCGCUCUGGGGAGGAAGCCAGAGGGUCUAACCCGAGGCAAAGUGAGCCGCACCUGGACACUUCUACUUUUGCUCUAUCGGGAGACUCUGCGCACAACCAGGCGAUGGUGCACUGGUCCGGACACAACAGCAGCGUGAUCCUGAUCUUGACUAAGCUGUAUGACUUCAACCUGGGGGCUGUUACUGAGAGCUCACUCUGGAGGUCCUCUGAUUAUGGAAGCACCUACACCAAACUCAACGACAAAGUGGGCUCAAGGACAGUUUUGAGUUACCUGUACGUCUGCCCUACCAACAAACAGAAGAUAAUGAUGCUUAGCGACCCAGAGGUAGAGAGCGCUGUUCUCAUCAGUUCAGAUGAAGGGGCAAGCUUUGAGAAGCAUCCCAUUAACUUCAAUAUCCUGAGCCUGCUCUUCCACCCUGCACAGGAGAACUGGAUGCUGGCUUACAGUCAUGACAGCAAGCUGUACAGUUCAAUGGACUUUGGGAGGAAGUGGCAGCUUGUUCAUGACCACGUGAUGCCAGGACGAUUCUACUGGGCGGUAAUGGGGCUGGACAGAGAAUCAGAUGUGGUCCACAUCGAGACGCGCAUCGCGAAAGGCCGCGCUCAGUACGUGAAGUGCAGAGCCCAGCGAUGCACGGAAGGCAACAGACUGUACCUCUUUCCUGGACACGUUGACACCAACUCACUGGUUGUGCAGGAUGAAUAUGUUUUCACACAGGUAACCAAGUCAGGACGCGCCAGCUACUUUGUCUCCUACAUGAGAGAAUCCUUCAAGCAGAUGAAAUUACCGAAAUACUGUCUGCCAAAGGACAUGCAUAUUAUCAGCACAGACGAGAAGCAGGUAUUUGCUGCAGUCCAGGAGUGGAAUCAGAACAAUACUUACAGCCUGUACAUCUCAGACUCCCCCGGAGUCUACUUUACUCUUUCAUUAGAGAACCUGAGAACCAGCAGAGGACCCGCCGGUAACCUCCUGGUUGACUUUUAUAAGGUUGAGGGGAUUAAUGGCAUGUAUCUUGCCAACAAACUGGUGGACACUCACAUCAAGACUUUCAUCACCUACAACAAGGGACAAACAUGGGCCCUGCUGGCAGCUCCUGUCGCUGAUGUGGCUGGAAAUAACCUUCAUUGCAUUCUGCCAUUUUGUUCACUGCAUCUUCAUCUGGAGAUGUCGGAGAAUCCCUACACAUCUGGACCCAUCACCAGCAAAAAGUCUGUGCCGGGAAUCAUUGUGGCUACAGGGAAUAUCGGAACAGAGCUGUCCUCCACUAACCUUGGGAUGUUUAUAACAUCUGAUGCAGGAAAUAGCUGGAGACAGAUUUUUGAUGAAGAGCACAAUGUUUGGUUUCUCGACAAUGGUGGGGCUUUGCUGGCAGUCUUACAUGCAGCGACGCCUAUUCGACACUUAUGGAUCAGUCUAGACGAAGGAAAAAAAUGGGACCGUCACAGUUUCUCCUUGGCACCUCUGUAUGUGGACGGAGUUUUAAUGGAGCCAGAAUCUGACAAUCACAUUAUCACUUUCUUUGGACACUUCAGUCACCGGUCAGAGUGGCAGCUGAUCAAGAUCGACUACAAGGGCCUGUUCAGCCGGAGAUGCAUGGAUGGAGAUUAUCAAACAUGGCACCUGCACAACAAGGGAGAGCUGUGUGUGAUGGGCGAGAAACAGAUCUAUAUGAAGCGCAGGCCAGGCAACCGUUGCAUGCUGGCCCAGGACUAUUCGAGGAUCUAUUCCUCAGAGCCGUGCAUCUGCACAGCCUAUGAUUUUGAAUGUGAUUAUGGAUGGGAGCGCCAGACGAAUGGGAAGUGUUCCCCUGCUUUUUGGUUUAAUCCAAAUGGUGCAGCUAAAAGCUGCAGCACCAGCCAAAGCUUUCUUAACAGCACAGGGUAUCGUAAGGUUUUGUCCAAUAACUGUAAGGAGACAGGGAGGAACGUGUACUCACCCAAGAGGCAGGCUUGUCGUCCCAGACCGCCCCGAGGCCUCCGUCUGUCCACCAGUCAUGGAGAGCUCAGUGCUGCUGUUGGAAGCAACGUUACCUUCAUGGUCUACCUGGACGAUGGAGACUCGCUGAGGACCAGCAUCCAGCUAGACUUCGGGGAUGGCAUCAAGAUCACAUACUCUAACCUGAGCAGGACCGAUGAUGGCAUCAACCACAUCUACAGAACGACUGGGAUUUACCGAGUGACAGUCUCUGCUGAGAACAGCCAGGGAUCUGACAGCAGCAUACUGUUUUUACACAUCACCAGUCCAGUGGAGCGUGUAUAUCUCUCCGCUCCUAUUGUAGCCAUCAGGGGGAAGGAGGUUAAUCUCACUGCGGUGGUUUGGCCGAGUCACACCAGAACAUUGACCUUCUUCUGGUGGUUUGACAACAGCUCGGAGCCCAUUAUAACCUUGGAGGGAAGCAUCUCAUACACGUUUCAGAAAGAGGGAAAAAACAAGGUCACGGUCCAGGUUGCUUCUGGGAGCACCAUAAUGCAGGAUUCAAAAGUUAUAACUGUUAAAGAGUUCUUCAGGUCGCUGCUGUUGUCGUUCUCGCCGGCUCUUGAUGAGCACAAUCCUGACAUCCCAGAGUGGAGGGAGGACAUAGGCCGCGUGGUGCGGACAGCUCUGUCACAGGUGUCUGGGAUCCCUGAAGAUCAGCUGCUGGUAUCUUUGUAUCCUGGACUUCCAUCAACAGCAGAGCUUUUUAUCCUGCCUGACGAGCAAACAUCGAGUGAGCACAAGAGAGGGAAUGAGGAGGCUCUAGAGACGAUAUCACAUAUUUUUGUCACUGCCCUGAACCAAGGCCUGAUCCAGUUUGAGCUGAAAGCAGAUAUUCGCAUUAUUGUGUACAUGACUCAGCAAACUUUGGCACCACUUGUGGAUUCAAACUCCAUCCACAGCGGGUCGGCUAUGCUGAUGCUGCUCACUGUGGUGUUUGUUGGUUUAGCGGCAUUCUUCAUCUACAAGUUUAAAAGGAAAAUCCCUUGGAUCCAUGUUCAGACUGAGGAAAGUCAAGAGAAGGAGCCAGAGGUGAUCAGUACAGUUGGUCAGAACGACAACAUGUCCAAGGUCAAGCUCAGUGAGUUUCCCUCUCCAAAAGAACUCAUGGAAAAGGAGCUGGAGGCCAGGAGCAGAGGAGGAAUCGGAAGAAAUAUGGAGAGAAUUGUUACAAGGGAGUUUCCAAACUGUACUAAUGUCUAAGACUCUGUUACUGAGUAAGUACAAAUUGUUGUGUUACAAUUGUGCUGAAAUUGUUUGCUUUGUUGGCAUUGUUUUUUUAGUUUUUUUAAUUAAUUUCAAGCUGAUAGCUGCUUUCGUUCAAAGUCAUGUUUUUAACCCACAUGGAUAGAGUAAGUAUCUUCUUUACAAUAGUUAAUGAAGAUCAAUCCACCAAGCCAGACUCUAGGGCCUCUAGUUUGAGGGCGGUGAAUUGCAGAAAAUUGGCUGAUAACGUUACACAGCAGAAACUGUCCAAUUAGCAUCAUGAUUACCUAGCUCUACAUCAAUGCCACGGAUGUAUUGCUAAUGAGUAUUUUAUGAAUAUUCAACUGCCAUUGUGUACUUUUGAUGAAUGCUUUACUGCCUGUGACAUAUCAUUAUUUUUCUUAAUUAACACCCUGCUGGGAUUGGAAAGACAGACAAAUUCAUUGAAAUGAUAUACCUCAAAAGGGAUAAACAGUUAAAAGAGAAAAGAACCAUUGAGUUAAAGUUUCAAUGUGUAGGAUUUAGUGGCAUCUAGUCGUGAGGCUAGGUAACUCCCUUUCCAAAUGUGUCGGAUUAUUCACAUUUUCAGGUUAUGCUGGAGGAUAUUUGGUCACAAUUGGUCACGCUAGUUUCUGUGAGUCCCCAUUAUCUCCAAAUUGUGAAUCCAAAAUAUGAAUGCCAAAUGUGUGGUCCUGUGUCUUGACUGUCUAGUGUUUGCGUUCUUACGAUUAAAAUUGAAUAAUCAGUUAAAUCUGUUGUCUUCCAUGUUGUUUAAAUUGGCUUAGAUUUGGAAACCUUCUAGUAUGUGCUAGACAUAUAAAUAUUAAUAAGCCCUUUCUAGAGGCAGGAUUUGGUUUGUCUGUUCUGGGCUACUGUGGAAAUAUGGCAUUAUAACAUGCGGGACUCCAUGGGAGAGGACCAGCUCCCAAUGCAAGGUUCAUUCUAAGCUAAAAAUAAAACAAUGACUCUUGGUUAAGGGGAUUAUACACUAAUAAAAAGAUAAUUAUGAUGUUAUAUAUUACAUUGGAGACACGGUGGUUAGCACUGUCACCUCACAACAUGCGGGUUCAGAGUUUGAAUUGACCUGGGGACCUUCUGUGUGGAAUUUGCAUGUUCUUAGCUCCCAUCAAAACACAGGCAGGUUAGGUUAAUUGGCGUCUCUAAUUUUCCCGUAGGAGUGAAUGAGAGCAUGAACGGUUGUCUGUCUCUAUGUGUCGGCUCUGUGAGAGUCAGACGACCUGUCCAUGGCGUACCCCGCCUCUUGCCCAAUGUUAGCUGCGGAUAAUGACUGAUAAUGAAUAUUACAUUUCUGCGAAAAGAUCCCCCAAAUCCUACACACUGGUUCUUUUAAUUUCUCAGUACAAGAGAAAUGAUGCAUAGGCUUUAUUGUAUUUGAGUAAAAGUUGAGCUUUGAAUUGAGUAUAUAAUGACAAUGAUCAUGAACUGCUGUAAGGACAGUUAGGCCCUUAAGGUAUAUUAUAAUACAGGGCUUGAAAUGAUGACUAAUUUAAUGUAAUAAAGAUGUUUCCCUCCAACACCCAUUUUGCCAGCGGGCUAUAAAAUUUGUCAAGUGUAACUCUUUUUUUUUGUUUCUAUUAUUUUGUUCUUCAUAUCCAGAAUAGAUAAUACAGCACAAACAACAUUUUAAGGCAGAACACACCUGGCUCUGCUUCCAUAUCAUAUAAAUAUGAUUAAUGUAUUAUUUUAAGGGGAUAGUUCACCUUUUUUUAAGUGCUAAUUCAUAGUAGGUGUAUUACCUAGACCAUCUACUGCAGGUAAUACGCUGACUAUGGAUUCAUACAAUCCCACUUAAAAAAAUCUAAACCUUUACCCUUUUAAAUAAACCAUUUGAACUUGGGAUAAACAUUAACCUUUACCGCCCUAUAACUAGAGGUCAUUGAGUUGUAUAUAUACACUAAUUAAUAUUUAUAUAAAUUACAAAAUCUGACUGUGGUGAAUGCAUAUGAGACUGUAGUUGGUUUUGCUCUGUAAGAUAAUAUGGUGCUUUCAAUGACUGUUUCUCAGAUGUUGGCAACAAAAAUGUGAUGUAUGGACAUAAAAGUCUGGCCUUAGAAGUGGAAAUACUGUAAACUUGUACAUAAAGGAAGAAGGAAUGUAAAUCUAUACAGUAGUGUCAUUCUACUUUAUUGUAAAGUCAACCCACGGAACAGGCAGUAGUAUGACCUUCAGUCUCACAACAAGCUGUAUGUCCUCUUUUUUAUUUAUUUGAUUUUUUUUACAGUAGCAUGCCCUAAUUAUCUGUGAUAAGAUAUAUUAUUAUAUUAGGGUGAGCGAGUACUGUAUAUAUAUGGUUGGUUUUACACAUUAAACAAAUUAUUAAACACCUUGUCUAAUAGUCUAGUUGUGCAAUUGCCAAAAGUUGUGCAUGACCUAUGAUAUUGUUCAUUUUUGUCUAUGAUAUAUAAGUCGUCUUGUUUUGAAUCAUGUUUCUUACUGUGAACAAAUUGCCAUUUUAAAAUUGUUCAAAAUAAAUGUAUUUUUA